CCACGGUGUGGAGGUCAACGGGUACGUCCAGUGGGUAUAAAACAUAACAGAGUAACGACUUAAAAUGGGAUCAAUCUUUGAGAUAGCACCGAGGGAAAGAUCAAGAAGAUUUACUAUCCCGCUAGUUGAAAAAUGAAAAACAGAGAGAGACGGCGAUAUAUCUCCAUGAUAAAGUUGUCCAAUUUAUGCCGAGAGUUUUACAAACAACGGAAGACAGAAUACGGGACAGUGCUGCUACAACAGAAAUUAAAUUCACGCGAGAAAUUACUUAAACUACACCAGUUGAAUAAUGAAAUGAACUCACUGAUGGAUAUUGAUCUUGUCUUGACGAGGCAACUUAUUGCACUGGACGAACCACCAAUACCUGCAGAGAAACAGGAUGCGAUCACUUCAUGCCAUCCAGUUGAAGCGCCGGGUGUGCUGGAAUUCAUUGGCGCCAAAGCCAGGGAGAUCAGUGACAAUGUGCAACUCCUUCAUGCUAUUGCUAGUUAUGCGGAUGUUAUCUCGAAAAGACAAUCGUCACCUGUUCAUGGCAAAUAUCCAGAUACCGGGAUUAUGAUCGAUAAGAGUCACGCACAAAGUGCAAUGCCAUAUGCUGUCACCCAAGUUACUCAAGAAAAUGACUCGCAAUCCCAAUCAUCCGUUCAUUCAACUGGAGAUGACGGUGACAGAACGUUACAACUUUGUAAAAGGCAACAGCAUUGUAAUGAACGUUGGGUAGAAAGCGGACUGGAGCACUCUAUCAAUCGGACUGAUGAACAAAGGAAUGAAUCAAGGAAAAGGGACGAAAGUAUGCCACCCGCAUUAAAAACAGCCACCGCCAUUGACUUGACAAUUAACAAACCUGCGAUUAGGCAGACGACAAUCAAAUAUACUGGUAUACAACUGCAAACAGACAUAACUAAUUUCAACAUAAAUGACUUUAAUAGGAAUAAUCCAUUCAGAAAAAACCGAUCGCUGAAAAUCUAAACUACAUGUACUCCCGUCAGACGCAGUCUGACGAUGGUAUUAGACUGUAACAACGGGAAAUCGUAAAUAAACUUUAAAAAUUAAGUAAAUCAAAUCAUGGAUCUUGUUUAUUCAUUUCUGUUCAGUCGCUAUCCCAGACAACAUGUAUACUAUACUAGUAAUGAUCUAACUAAACAUGGUGUUAUUAAUUUGGAUACGUCUAAGAAUAAUUAAAUUUUCCAAAUCUUUAUAUAAAGAAUGUUGAAAACGUGCAAGCCAUUUUAUUAUACAUGUAUGUGAUGGGAUCUUAUAGACCUUUGUAUAAAUAAAUAGAGUGUCCAAUGCAUAAAGCAGUUA